AAUAUUUUGUUCAGAAUGUAAAACUCCGUGAACACUGAGCAGCCUUGUGACAUCCUGAUUCAUGAAAGAGGAGAACAUAAAGGCUGAAAUCUGAAAAUCUGACACCCUGGCUGAAUUUUCGAAAGCUAUGGUUAAACUUAGCCAACGCAGGAACUUGUUCGCUUUGUUUGCUAUCAUUUUCCUAACUGCUAUUGCACUAUAUGUGAUAGAAACAGCUGAAGUGUUUCGGAUAAAAACGCCGGAAAUUCACAACGAGGUUGCUUUAGCUGCCUUCGAAUCAUGUAAAGAGCUUGGAUCAGACUGCGAGUGCACAGUCCUCGAGAAGUGCGAUAUUUGCCCCGCUGAGAGUCCUGCGCCGCGCGAAUGUCAGAGUACAGGUCGGCGGGAGUUUGUACGGUGCAGUCCUGGCGAGCACGAGUUCUUCAAGCAGUGCGUUAGCACGGAGUACGAAGCUAGCAACGCCUUCUGGGCCUUCUACUUGAGCAGUGGUAUUGUGUUGGUGGGGAGUGUGGUUGUGAUUAAUCAUCGGAAGGCCUUUCUAGAACACUGCACUAAUGUUAGAAUGGAGAAUAUUUAGUGAUUUAUAGUGUUUCAUAUUAUCUGAGAACUGAGAAACGGAGGCUGAGGUUAAUAUGAUUUGUUUUUUUUAACAGACUGUUUUUUUGCUCCAUAUAGAAUGUUUUAAGAUUGACCUGAUAUUUUUCGAUCAGAACACGUUAAAAAGUCUUACAUUUGGAUCUAAAUACCACAUUAUGACGUCACUACUGUUUUUCUUCCUGGACGUUACAAACAGACAUUGUGGACCUCAGUUAAGCCUUUCACUUGUUAAUACGUAAACUAACUAAGAAAUAGACUUAUGAUUCUCUAUUUGUUAUGUAUUGUAUAUAUUAAUUGUGAUUGCUAAAUUUUUAUUAAGUAUUGAACUGUGCAUGCUAUUUGAAUUGAUUUGCUAGAAUGUGUAACGUUAGAGGUAGAUUAUAUAAAAAAAUUUGCUACUGCUGGUCAGUAUUAUAAUCUUAAAAUUCGAAUUUGGUAACAGUUCAGUUUCGAGAUUGUACCGCCUGAAUAGUUGUAGUUGAUGAGAAAAUGGUUUAAUUUAUCAUCAAUGAAACUUUUGAAAUUGCUUGUUGAUAUGUUAAUGUUUCUGUAAAUUUUAUGCAAUAGUUUCUACCCU